AUGUGCACACACUUGACUCUGCCCCCCUACCAGGCUUACCCUAGUGGGACUGGCAUGGGGUACCUGGAGUUUUACUGGGACUCAGCAGGGGAGGCAGAGCAUGGCCUCGGCUCAGCUGGGACAGCAAGAGCAGCCGGGGGCAGUCAGUUUCCAGAGGCAGGAGAGAAGAGGAAAACUGCAGAAGUAUCUCCAGGUUCUUCCAGUUCUGGGAAUUUCAGCCAGUUCACACCAGAUUCAGCCACCAGUCCACAUUCGGCAUCCUCAUCCCCACAGCCUACUGCUAAGUCUCAGAAGGGUGGAGAAGCUGGCACAGCGGGGGUGAAGAAGGCCAAGAGCCGCACAGCUUUCUCCAAGGAGCAGCUGCAAACCCUGCACCAGCGGUUCCAGAGCCAGAAGUACCUCAGCCCCCAGCAGAUCCGGGAGCUAGCUGCUGCCCUUGGGCUCACCUACAAACAGGUAAAGACCUGGUUCCAGAACCGGAGGAUGAAGCUGAAAAGGUGCCAGAAGCAUAGCUUAUGGAUGGAACGGGCCCAAUGCCUCACACAGAAUGGCUUCCAGCCAAGUACUUACCUGGACGUGCACCCCAAAUUCCACCAGGGCUACUCGAUCACAGGAGCCAGCAACAUCCAAACCAUGCCUUCCCCCCUUCAGCAUUAUGGUGCAGGGCAGAACGUUUGUACCAUCAUGACCAACGAGGAUGGGGGAAUGUUUGGCAAGGGCGGGAGUACCUGCAGUGUCCAGCAGACAGUGGGCUUCAUUGCCCAGCACAAAGUAGACUUUUAUCACAGCUAUCCUGGAAGUGUGGAAUAUCCUGGCACAAAGACAGGUGAUGGCUAUAACUUUCACCACCUGGCCCCCGUGGGGGAACCUUUCCCAACCACUGCUGGUCACCAUUUCUAUCAUUCCUAA